CUGUGAAAAGCGCUCCAACGUUUCUACUUUCAAAACCCUCUCCCUCCAUUCCUCGUUCUCCCCAUCGCAACUGCGACCCGUAUGCCGAAACCCUAACCGAAAGACCUUGCAGAUUCUUCUCAACUACUACAAUGGCGGACGCUGAGGUCGCGGAGCGACUCAUCUCUGACAUUGGCAAACAACUGGCCGCCCGAAAAACUUGCCCCAACAAAGACCUUCUCGUAAAGUUGCUCAGGCAAGCUGAAAGUGCUUUCCCGGAACUAGAUCAGUCCUCAUCUCUAGAACCUUCCAUAAAGCCCCUGAUCAAUUCUCUUGUGAAGCACAACCUGCUUCAGCAUAAAGAUAAGGACAUUAGACUUCUGGUUGCCCUAUGUUUCUGCGAAAUUAUUCGGGUCCUGGCACCGAGUCCUGAUUUGACAGAUGUCGUCUUUAAGGACAUUUUUACACUUUUUCUCGGUUUAUUUGCGGAUCUUGCUGAUACCACGAGCCCAUAUUUCCCAAGAAGAUUAAAAGUAUUGGAGACUCUUGGCAAACUUAAUUUUUUUGUGCUAAUGUUUGACACUGGUUGUGACGAUCUAGUUCCCAAAAUGUUCGAUAUCUUUUUCUCUGUUGUGAGGGAACACCAUCCACAAAGUUUGUUCAGUGCAAUGUCUUCUAUUAUAGGUCAUAUUCUAAAGGAGAAGGAGAAAGUUACCCAUUCGCUUAUUGAUAUCAUUUUGCAGAAUCUUUUGAAGGAGGAAAAGGGUGCAUCUCCUGUGGCUAGAAUGCUUGCUGUUUCUGUAAUCCGAAAUUGUGCAGAAGAACUUGAGACCUAUGUUUUUGAAUUUUUAACUUCUUGCAUAGUGAACAGAGAUGGUGUACGGAGUGAUCUUAAAGAAUUUUACCAUGAAAUCAUAUAUGAAGUCAUUCAGCAUGCUCCUCAAAUGCUUCUGAAUGUCAUCCCAACCCUGACUCAAGAAUUACUGGCUGAUCAGGUCGAUGUUCGGAUAAAAGCUGUUAAGUUUAUUGGUAGACUUUUAGCUCUUCCUGGACGCCAUCUUGCCCACGAAUAUCACCAGCUCUUCUUAGAAUUUACAAAGAGAUUCUCUGAUAAAUCUGCGGAAGUUAGACUUGGUGCUAUAUCAUGUGCCAAAGCUUUCUACAUGACCUAUUCAUCAGGGACAGAAGCACUUGAAGUUCUCACUGCGCUUGAGGGCCGUCUUUUAGAUUUUGAUGACAGAGUGAGGACCCAAGCGGUGGUGGUCGUGUGUGAUUUAGCCAGGGCUAACCUGAAAUCUGUCCCACAUGAACUAAUAUCUCGGGCUACUGAACGACUUCGUGACAAGAAGGUUUCUGUUAGAAAGAAAGCAUUGCAAAAGUUGCUGGAAGUUUACCGGGACUAUUGUACAAAGUGUGCUACUGGUAUCGUAACACCUAUUGACCAAUUUGAGCAGAUUCCGUGUAAAAUAUUGAUGCUGUGCUAUGAUAAAGACUGUAAGGAGUUUAGCCUUCAAAGCAUGGAGCUUGUGCUUGCUGAGGAACUGUUUCCUGCUUCUCUUGCAAUUGAGGAGAGAACACGGCAUUGGAUCUUUCUGUUCUCACUUUUUGACUCUCCUCACUUGAAAGCUUUGAAUGCUAUUUUAUCUCACAAACGAAGGUUGCAAGCUGAGAUGCAAGUUUACCUGACUCUCCUGAAAGAAGAGAAUAAUGGCUCCGAAGAAGUGCAAAAGGGAAUUCAAACCUCUUUAGCCAAACUAGCAUCAUACUUCCCAGAGUCCUCCAAAGCAGAAGAAUGCUUUCAUAAAUUGAACUUAGAAAAAGAUGAUAAAAUUUUUACCACAUUGGCACAGUUGUUGGAUGAAGUGAAUUUGAAAAGUGCGGAGUCCACGAGAGUUAACUUCCUGAGAAAGAUGGGGGAUAGACAUCCACAUUUUGGGUUCUUACAAUUACUCUCCAGGAAAUGCUUGUUCAGUAUAUUUAGUUCCGAGCACGUCCAAUGUAUUUUAGAUCAACUUUUGAGUGACAAACUUGGAAAUAAAAAUCUGGAGAAUUCCACUGUGAAGCUUCUUCUGGGUAUCAUUAGUGCUUUCCCGUCCCUAUUGAGAGGUUCAGAAAAUCUGUUCCAAUCGUUAUUAUUAAAAGAUGGUGUUCAAAUUCAUGAAGAGCUGAUUCUGAUACUGGCAAAGGCAGGUCCACAUAUUCAUAUCAAAAUCAGUGAUAUUUACCCAUCAUUGGAGAGGGUGUGUCUGGAAGGAACUCGUGCACAGUCCAAGCUUGCUGUUUCUGCAAUUGCUGCACUGACUAAUGCUUCUGAGCUAUUUAUUUUCUCAGAGUUAUGCGAGACACUUGUGAAUGCUUUGCAUGGUGGUCAAAACAUUCCAACCUUGUUGCAAUCUUGGGGUUGCUUGGCUCAACAUGCUGUUUCAGGAUUUGACAGUCGACAUGAAGAGAUCAGUCGAUUUAUCAUUGAAAAUCUAUUACAGUCUACCAAUGUGGAAAAGUCAGAUUGUAUAGAUUCAUCUGAUGAAAAGUCUGGGUAUAGUGUUUCAUGCAAAUUGAAGAUAUUUGGCCUUAAAGCACUUGUCAGGAGUUUUUUGCCUCAUAGAUCAACUCAUGUUGGGCAUGAUAUUAACCAAUUAAUAGAUGUUCUGUCAAAAUUGCUGCAGAAUGGUCAUGUUUCUGAUGGAAUAAUGUCAUGUGAAUCUGACAUGGCCUACAUGCGAUUAGCUGCUGCAAAAUCUGUUCUUCGCCUGUCAAGAAGAUGGGAUUUGCAUAUUCCACCUCAAAUUUUUCGUGUUACAAUUUUGAUGGCUAAGGAUUCUACAGCUCUGGUAUGCAAACCAUUUACUGCCAAAAUACACAAGCUUUUGAAGCAGCAUGCUAUACCUAGCAAAUAUGCAUGUGCCUUUGCAAUUGCUGCCUCAGAUUCCCUAGAAAAUGUGCGAGAUGAAUCACUGAAAUGCAUGGGAGAGUUUGUAAAGGAGUUCAGGAGAAAAGCUCGGACCCACCAAACAUCUGCUAAGCAGCAAGGAUUUACUGACUACCCUGAGUAUAUUGUGGUGUUCUUAAUCCAUGUUCUUGCUCAUGAUUCUGGUUUCCCACCUGAAAAUUGUGACGAUGAAGAAAUUUAUGCUCUCUUUCUCAGGCCAUUUGCUUUUACUCUGCAUGCCUUGGUCAAUGCUAGUUUUGUUGAUGGUGACAUGGAUGUCAUCCACUCUGCUGUCUCAUGUCUGCAAAAAAUCCUUUUUGCUAUUAAACAGGCUGAGGAUGCUGUUGAUGCGCACACAACUCCUAGAUUGGUUAUGCUAGCAGACUUUGGAAUUUCCUUGUUGAAUGCAUUAAACUACAAUGCCAACUCAGAAACACAUACCCCUGGUUUGAUUCUGUUGCCAUCAUCAUUAUACAGAAUUUGUCCUGCUGAAAAAAGACAGGAGGCUAGCUUUAAUUGUUUGGCUCGAUCUCAUCUUAUUGCGAAAAUUGCUAAGAGAGUGGCUCUUUGUUUUGAAUCUCAGAUCUCUCAUCCUUCUAGUGCACGAAACAAACGAGGCCGAAAAUGCCAAGAGGAUUUUUCGAAGUUGGAAAUUAUAAAGUGCAGCACGUUGAACUUGCCACUGCACAAGACCAAUGAUUUGUUCACGUAUAGGACAGGACAACUAAGUGAUGCUUCAUUUUCUCAUGGAAAAGAGAUGCAUGAAACUUUGAACCAGGAACUGAACAUAAGGGGUAGACAAAAACGGGCUCUCUCUCCAACUCCUCGGAGAUCAGUUGAAUUGCAUAAUGAGUUUGCUAUUUAUGAUGAGAAUGAAAAAAGCGAAUCUGGAAAUUCUGAACCACUUAUUCGAAGAGAGCAUCUUCCUUCUUCUUGUGAUUCCGUGACCACAGAACCUUCACUGACUCAUAUGGAAGAUCUGAAAAGUUCUUCUGUGAUAGUAAACGGUGUGGUAGGAUUAUGUGACCGUACUGGUGCUGAACUUUCCAAGUGUACAGGAAUGGCUAAUCUUUGUAGCUUAAAGGAUUUUGGAAAUACAAGUCAAGAGUUAAUUGGGCAGCGGAUAAAAUUAUGGUCAUCCGUUGACAGAUGCUACUAUUCAGGCAGAGUCAGUGGGUUUGAUCAUACAAAUGUUACUCACAAGAUAACUUAUGACAACGGGCAAGUUGAAGUGGUAUGCUUGGAGACUGAAAACUGGGAGACAAUAAGCAACGACUUCCUUCAGGAAAAGGAGUCUAACACUUCUAAUUCACAACACUGUGAUUUUGUCAAUCAUCAAACAAAACUGGAUGACGAAUUUCGGGAUGACAUUUGCCCAGCAAAAAGCUUUCCAAUUAAGUCAAACAAGAACUUUCUCAAGAGAAAGAUCCCUCUUCCAGGGAAGGAGAACAAGGGGCAGAAACUUUUAAUGGGCACGUCAAGAUCUGAAGUUAUUGAUGAGAAUCCGGAAGUUAGAGCUCGAAGAACUCGGAGACGGCAAUAAAUUAUUUUCAAAGCUGCAGAGUGCUAUUCCGUUUCCAGAAUCCUGGCAAGUUUUGUUUUUGCAGAUUCUUUUCUUUGUAGAGUGUGGCUAGCAGGGAUUUGGUACUUCUCCCUCUUUUGAAUGUAGCUCUUGAAAUAUACAGCCCAUCUCGGCCUAAUCUUGUUGUAAUUACCCUGAAUUGAUGUGAAUGGAGUUGUACUGUACAACAACUCUUGUUUCGUCAUAUUUAGUGAUCUUGCUUUA